AUGGAAUUUACCUCAACCCUGCAGCAAGAUUUGACCGCACCAAGGCAAGCGAAAUUCGCGGCCCUUAUCUCCCUAAACAACGGGAGAACGCCAACCGAACCGAACACCGGCGACGCCUUCCAAAAGCCACGCCGCAUUCCUACCAGCACUGAACUUGACACUCGGCACUGUCACGCGAAAUACCCGGAGCCUUUGACUGAGGCGGUUUCCCGUUCGCUAUUGCGCGGCGCGCGCUAUAGGUGCGCGUGUGGGGUCGCGUCGGAGCGGACUGGCCGCGCGGAGGGGCCCACGCCGCGAGAGUCAUCUGUUCGCAGCUGGCCGCCGCGCGGGACCGUUAUCGUCCGAGCCGCGGAGCUGGUCGAACCCGCCGCGGACCACGGCCCUCGCCCCGCCCUUGCGACGCUCACCACG